GACACUUGUAUUUUGACGUUUAAGUUUGAGGUUAUGUUUAUUAAUCGAAGCGAAAGGUUAUUCUAUUAAUUAUUAUGCAGUAAAACAUACUGUUUUAUCAUUUGGUACUCACAAAAUAGUAAACAAAGGUGGCCAUGAUACCUAUUACUUACCUGCGACUUACCUGUCUUAGCAAAAUGGCUUCGACCGCUUUUUAUUCAACCUUAACGAAACGAACGAUGGCAUAUAAGAGUGCAAUUUCUUUGGAAACUUUAUAUCCAAAUAGUUCAUUGAAGCUAACUACGCCGUCAUUUACACCAGACCCUAAAGAGAAGUUUUCUGGUUUUAUUCCAAUGGAAAAGUUGGUCAUAACAUACAGUGCUAGCUCAGGACCGGGGGGACAAAAUGUUAACAAGGUGCACACAAAAGUAGAUCUGAGAUUUAAACUAAGUGAAGCAGAUUGGUUGCAUCCUGACAUCAAGGAGAAGUUACUUGAAUUGCAUGGUAAAAAGCUGUCUAAGGAGGGGUAUUUGAUCAUCCGGUCGGACACUACUCGCUCUCAACAACUGAACCUGGCGGACUGUCUGCAGAAACUGCGCAACAUGAUCCGUGAUGCUGCUGUCACAAAGCGCGAGCCUGCACCGGAGACACAAGAGAGGAUCCGACAGAGACACCUGAAGGCAGCGCGGCUGCGCGUGGCUCAGAAGCGUGAGGAGUCUCACCACCGCGAGCUGAGGCGACCGCCGACUGUCGUGGAUUUAUGAUUUUUUUAUUAAAUUGAGCACACGCUAACCUGCACAAUGUCAGCUUAUUACUUCAAAUGUUUACCAAUGAUCAAUAUUGUUUCGUGACGCUUACAAUGUUCGAAAGCUAUAUACAAAUUAUGAACUUUUCAACCAUAGAUUUUGUUGAACGGUGAAAAUAUUUUAUUUGUGGUAAUAAUGCUGACAUUGGAGGUGAAUCAGGAAUGUCUUAUGAGGAAAGAGGUCAUUGUCUCAUUGAAUAUCCCUCAAUCAACAUAAAACAGAUCCUGUUAACAAAUAUUUUGUAUGCGACAAUAUUAGAUAAACAUUUAAAACAACUUGUUUAGAUUUUAGUAUAUUUUUAUAUUAAAUACAAGUGUGGGCAAAUAAUUAUAAAAUUGUCGUAUACAAUGUAUUGUUUGUGUGCUCAAUUUAAUUAUCUUUAUGUGAACAAACAACCAGCCAUUCUGGUUUUUGACAUCAGUUUCUCUGUAUAAAACAUAUGAUCAUCCUCGUCAUUAUCUUUGACUAAACAGAAAUAACAAUAUGUUUUGAUUGGAGACUUUGGUUUCAGAAACCCACGGCUAAUCCUACUGUAGCGUGAAAGUAGAUUUUAUGUGUAAUAUUAUAGAUUUGUGAUUCUA